GCUCAUGAAUAUUAUACAUUUCGAAGGGAGACUAUUAUCUUAAUUAAAAUACAAACUUUUGUAACAGAAGUAAAAAUACACAUAAACAGCAGAAACAGGCAUACAAAUCAUUUAUUUGCAAUAAAAUGAAGCCUGACAAAAUGCUUGAAAUGUACUAAAAUAUAUAUUCAAUUUAAAGUAAUAAAAUUACAUAUGUAAUAUUACAAAAAUCAUAAAAAAGUUGGAAACAAUUGAAGGUAACAAUGGCGACUAUGACGUAGUCAAUGGUAACAAUUAACGAUGUUUAUAUAUAGGUCUUCAUCGAUUUCUUUGCGUUGCGAAAAGUAAGUUCUAUGGAAACAAAGAAAGCCCCCUACCACGUGCUUCGCUGAACCUAUAAAAUAGACAUAAAGACGAGUUUCAGAACAUCGAACACGCUGGCACGUGGUUGUGUUGCUACAAGAAAUAAACAUGAAGUUGCUAAAUAUAAUGGCAUUGGAUGCGAUGUUAUCGCGGUCUUCAGAAGAAACUCAUUAUAUUCGCAAAAGCGUGUUAGAACACAGGUUAGUGGCACGUAAGAAAAGUUCUUCAACAAAGAAACGAUGUCCAUUUGAUGCACUGCAUUUAAUCGAUGAAGGCCAUUUUGAGCAUCAUCUUUUAAACUGUGUAAGUAACACGAACGUGAAAGCAGAACCAAGUGACUUAAAAUUAAAGUAUGAAUUAGGAACUGUACCUUUGGAAGAAGUAACAGCACUCCCUGUAUCUGUAAUGGAGGAUUGGCAGGAGGAAAAUUUAGGAACGUAUGAUCCUUGGAGAAGUACUGAAAAAAGGGACAUUAUACGGUGCUUGUAUGGAGGAACAAAAUCACAAAGAAAGCUGUUUAAAUUAUGUGAAAGGAAGAGACUAGAAAAUCUUGAAGUACUUGGUAUCAUAAAGUCAAACUUGACAAAUAACUUUAAACAUACCAAAUUAAGAAGGCCUCUAACAUACCCACAAUUUCUUCUGAAAUUAAAAAGAUUAGCUUUAGACGAUUUUGAUACCUUGUUGAAAUCUGCUGAUGUCAGUAAACUGCUUAUAAGUGAUGUUAAUAAUACCAUUAAUAUAAAAAAGCCAAUAUCAGAAAUUGGUGAAGAGAUCAGUACUACAUAAAAUUUUACUGAACUAUUUGGGUAUCUGUACAGAAAUGGCACUCCAUUCAAAAAAGUAACUCGAGUGAAAAAAAAACCAGUAUUCAUUUUGUUUAUAUAUAUUAUUUUUGUACUUGCAUAAUACUGUUUUUUAUUUUUAUU